AUGUCCGCACUCGCCUCCGCAUCUUCCGUCUUCAACGGCCGGAGCUUCCGCGUCGCCGCGCCCAAGCGGGCCGUCGCGCGUGCCUCCGGGGUCUCGGUCCGGGCCAAGCUCGAGGCCGGCGACAAAGUCAAGGUGGUUUCCAAGGUACUCGUGUACCACGUCCCCAAGGGCGACCGCAAGAACGGCACCGACCUCAGCGGCUGGGAAGGCGUCGUCGACUCCAGGGCGGAUGACUACAACGGCACGUACAUCAGCGCCAACCUGGAGGUGAAGGUGGCGUUCGCCGUGCCCAACGACCCGAAGGGCAAGACUUUCAUCGUCCACUGCAAGGAGAACGAGCUCGAGAAGCAGUGA